AUCAAAGUGGUUAAGUUCUCCUAUAUGUGGACCAUCAACAACUUCAGCUUCUGCCGGGAGGAGAUGGGAGAGGUCAUCAAAAGCUCCACCUUCUCCUCGGGGGCCAAUGACAAGCUUAAAUGGUGUUUGCGAGUGAAUCCAAAAGGUCUGGAUGAAGAGAGUAAAGAUUAUCUGUCACUCUAUCUGCUCCUGGUCAGCUGUCCUAAGAGCGAGGUUCGGGCGAAGUUCAAGUUCUCCAUCCUUAAUGCCAAGGGUGAGGAAACCAAAGCUAUGGAGAGCCAACGGGCGUAUCGCUUCGUACAAGGAAAAGACUGGGGGUUCAAGAAGUUCAUAAGGCGAGACUUCCUCCUCGAUGAGGCCAACGGGCUGCUGCCUGAUGACAAAUUGACACUCUUCUGUGAGGUGAGUGUGGUGCAGGACUCUGUGAACAUCUCUGGUCAGAACAACAUGAACAUGGUGAAGGUUCCUGACUGCCGGCUGGCAGAUGAACUGGGUGGACUGUGGGAACAUUCCAGAUUCACGGACUGCUCGCUGUGUGUCGCAGGGCAGGAGUUCCAGGCACACAAAGCCAUACUGGCAGCACGCUCCCCAGUAUUCAGCGCUAUGUUUGAACAUGAGAUGGAGGAGAGUAAAAAGAACCGAGUUGAGAUAAACGACGUGGAGGCUGAGGUCUUUAAAGAGAUGAUGUUCUUCAUCUACACUGGCAAAGCACCCAACCUGGACAAGAUGGCUGAUGACCUGCUCGCUGCUGCUGACAAGUAUGCUCUAGAGCGGCUGAAGGUGAUGUGUGAAGAUGCUUUGUGCACCAGUCUGUCUGUGGAAAACGCAGCAGAGAUUCUGAUCUUGGCCGAUCUGCACAGCGCUGACCAGCUGAAGACACAGGCUGUCGACUUCAUCAACUACCAUGCGUCCGAUGUGAUGGAGACCUCAGGGUGGAAGUCAAUGGUGGCGUCCCAUCCUCACCUGGUUGCUGAGGCGUAUCGUUCUCUGGCCUCCGCCCAGUGCCCUUUCCUGGGCCCUCCUCGCAAACGCCUCAAACAAUCUUAGUGCUGUCCCUUACCAUUACCUAACCCGCACACUACACACACUCACACAACUGCCUACAAAAGGGCUGGGGAAGCGCUAUUUUAGAUUUACAUCCUCUCUCCCCCCCCACCAAGCUCUGUCCCUUUAGAUGCCUAAACCAGCUCUUGACCUGCCCCUCCUUUCACGUUAUCCAGACAGACCCCUCCAGCACAGAGGACCCUCUUUGUUGCUGCCCUACCAUCGGGUUUCUCAGUGUUGGGGAGAGUGGAGACUGCCACAGGUUGAACCCUGCCCAAAAACGUGGCCAAUCUCUGCACUAGUCCGGCCAUCUAUCCCAGAGUUUCUGUGAUUCUGUUGGACCAAGGAUUCUUGAGCGUGGGCGGAUGGAUCAAGGUUGAGCUUUUGGUUGGUUGGAUUAAGGCUGGACUGUUUACAUUACUCUUUCCACUGGCACUACUGUGUGCUCUCCUUCACUGUGUGAACCGGUUCUCCAUCUCCGCUUCAUCCCUCCUUUAAAACUGUGAUCGGCCGAUAGACAUUCCCCUUUACAGUCAUGGAUGGAGGGAUUUUUCUCUGAAAAGGAAUAGAGGACAAACUCUGUUAUUGUUGAACUCGUCAAUAGGUAGCAUGUGUCUUCGUAAUGACGACAUCAGCGUUCAGUAGAUUCCUGUGUGAUUUUAUGAAUCCUGUGUGACAACAAACAGCUUUGUCCAGAACUGUCCACUGUUUCGUGAGAAAUGUAAACAGAGAACUUGCCAUGAACUUUGACUUAUGACCCACAAGCUAACCUGGCUUCCAAAUGGAGUAGUUCAGAUGGUCUUGGUUUGGUCUCAUUUUACUGGGCGAAUAAAUUGACAAAUCCAAUGAGGAGUGUAAAAAUGGGGAAAUGCUUAUUGAUUUUUUUUUUAUUUGUAUUUUUCCUUGUGAUGUUCAUUUGGGAUUUUUCCUCCUUGUAGCACUUGUGUAUUUGAAUCCAGGCUUUCUGUAUG